GAGGCCUUAUAUCACUAAUGUUGCUGCAGCCAUGCAGAGCGAAAACACAGUGUGAUUGCCUAUGCUUAGAAUUCAAAAAGAUGAACUUGGCCAGAGUAAGGUUAUUGGCGAAGAGCAAGGUCAAGAGGCUGGCAAUGUUAAGGCUGGAGGUGAAAUCAACCAAGUAAUUUCUUCCAAGAAACCAGCAUUAGGCAAUAGAAGGAGUAUGGCCAAGCCAUCCAAGAGUAAAGCCCACAAGUCUAGUGCUUCGCUGGCCAGCAAACAAAUGAAAGUGAAAGCAUCCAUGCAUCACAAAGCUAAAAUGCCCAAGGAAAAUGAAGAGAAGGCAGAUGUUGAGGGUGAUAUGGUUGAGAUUCAAGUAGUUGCCAACGAAGAUAAAGGCAAGAAAGUUGCUGAUUCUAUUCCCAACGAAGACAAGAUGGAUGUUGAUGCACCAGCCAAGAGCAUAUUGAAGAAGGCUAUUAGCUCUAGAAAAAUCAUGUCUAAAAACAAGUCUUCCUUUGUUCCAGCCAAGUUAAGUGAUAUAGACAACAUGCACAGCAAAGUAAUGAUUGAGAACGCCUCCAUAAAUCUUUAUGUGACCGUGAGGCAUAUGAAAUUGAGGGAAUUUAGGCUGGAGAAGGCGUACCUUGACAAAAGCAAGUUCGACAUGGCUAGGAGCGGAGUGGCUGGCAAAUGGUUUGAGCAGAUUGACAAGCUAGCAAAGCAUGUUGAAAAUGUGCAGAAAUCCUUGGCUGAGUUCCAAUGAAAUUGCCUAGCGAAGUUGCUCAAAUAAGUCACCUACUUCGUCAGAAUUGUGUUGAAAUAACUAAUAAUUAUGGUGAUGAGCCUGGUCCAUUUGUUCUAUGAGCAGCCAUGCUCAUUUGGCGAUGAGCCCCCAAUGUUAAUGCAUUUUGUUAAAGUAGGACAAGUACUCAUCAAGUGCAAGGAUAUUGCUAGCAAGAAAUACUAGCCAUAGAA